AUGCUCCGCAAGCAACAGAAGCGCGCCGCCCAAGGUAAACAGACAGCCUUUCGGGUCAACGGCCAGAACGUCGAUCCAAAACGGAUCGCCCGCUUCGUGCGUCGCUAUGGAACAUCAUGGGAUACCAACCGAAGCAAGGAAUCCGAGAAUGAGCCACAGAGCCCGGAACCGCAAACCCCAUCCGACAUGACCUGCUACACACCAGAACCCACAGACGAGCACGGCGUCACAACGCCCAUCUCACCACUCCCCGACAUGCAAUCACCCAUCCGAGAGAUGCCCCCCUACCCACUCGGCCCAUACGACCCAACCCACCUCGAAAGCCUGCCCGAUUUGGAACUGGAAGAAUCUCCUGUCAUGCCGCUGUCCAUGCACUCAAAUCAGCCCCGCCAUAUCCCGUCUUACCACCACUCCAUAGGCAACCACCUCUCACACGGGGCACAUGGGUCUCACAUCGCGCACAUUUCGCACCUCUCGCACGGGGUACACAGCUCUCACGGCUCGCAUGGUGUGCAUCACGCCCACGUUUCGCACUCGGUGCAUGGUCACCCCGGGCCGGCACCGAGGGAUCUAGACGAUGCACCGAGCGAAGCGGAUAUCCAUCCGCCUGACUGGAAUACGGUCGAGUCAUUCCAGACGAGGUUGCAGGAUUUGGAUUUUACACUUACGCAGUCGAUGUCAAAGUGGGCGAGGGAUCAAGAUCCUAACCAUGAACCUCCUCACCAUGAGGGAUUGGGGAUGUGA